CACAAACACCGGAAGCAGGACUCCAUCGUAUGUCGGUGGAAGGACGAAUAUCCGACCAGCAUCUUGCCAUCCCCAGAAAGUUUUUAAAAGCGUUAUAGCGCAGAAUUGACGCUGUCAAAUUAAAGAAGCUGAUACCAUUUAUCUAAAUCUCAUAACAGAGAGGAGACAAUCUCUCGAAAAGAGAAGUCAUCGAUGGAGUUCCCAUUUGGUCAUCAUGGAAGACACCAGCAUCACAGAAGGGAAGAGGAGGAAGAAGAAGAACAGUACCGUCGUUAUCCAGAUCCCCGCCGUGAGGAUCUGUACGACGGACCUCCUCCCCCUUCACAAUUUGCUCCUCCUGCUCAAUUUUCUGGUCCUCCUCCAGAAUUUGCUUGUCCACCACCAAUAGAUUCAGACUACCACCGUCCGCAGGGGACUGGACCCUUUGACUAUGGCUACCUUCCCCAGCCACCACCACCACCAGCCCCCUAUGAAUCAUCGUACCCUGAGGGCUACGCAAGAGUUGAACAUGUUGGUCAUGAAGAAAGCCGUCCCGCUCCUGAAACAUACCCUUCUGCUACUACCCACCAUGAGAGCCAUCACAGGUUUCCUUUUAUCCACCGCCAUGAGAAGGAAGAAGAGGAGGCUGUAGAGAGCCCUCAGGGGCAGACUGUGAGGGUUUUCUGCCAAGCUGAGACCGAGUAUUCCAUGACUAUAAGAGAUGGGUCUGUGGUUCUUGCACCAACCAACCCCGAUGAUCCUUACCAGCACUGGAUCAAGGAUGAGAAGUACAGCACAAGGGUGAAAGAUCAGGACGGAUUCCCCAGCUUUGCUCUUGUCAAUAAGGCGACGGGGCAAGCCCUGCAGCACUCUGUUGGAGAAACUCAGCCGGUUCGAUUGACUCGCUAUGACCCGGACCAGCUGGAUCAGUCUGUUCUUUGGACAUUAAGCAAGGACCUAGGACAGGGUUUCAGAUCAUUCAGAAUGGUGAACAAUAUAAAGCUGAACUUGGAUGCCUUCAACGGCGACAAGAAACAUGGAGGAGUGAAGGACGGCACAGUCGUUGUACUUUGGUCAAGGGGCAAGGGAGAUAAUCAGAGGUGGAAGGUCGUGCCUUACUGACAGAGAUAGCCUCUGACGAUUAUACGGAAACUCAUGGCAAGGCCUAGCAAAUGGAGAGCAUGAAGUUUGAUUCUCAAGUUUGGACAGUGUGGUAUUUCUCUUGGUGUGUGGAAGUUGAAAUUUUCUGUUUUAUUGGAUACUUCUACUCUGGAUGGUGGUUGUUGAAUUUGUCUCCUUUUUGCUUGGUUAUUUUCGCAAGUGUUUAAGACUUUGCGUUUUUGUGGAGAUGCAAACAUGGUGCUAUUGGAAAAUAUAAAUAAAAAAUGGCAAUAGACAUAUUGAUGUGA